AUGGAGGUGGCUGUCGGCGCGGCGAGCUCGCUCCUCGGCAAGUUGCUCACGAAGCUGUCUGAAGACCUGGUGGCCGCGUAUGUCGACAGCCUUGAGCUCGGCCACAACUCCCACCAGAUCAAAACUAAGCUGCUGCACACACAAGGGCUGCUGCAAGUGGCCGAGGGGAGGGACGUGAGCAACGUCACUGCCCUGCAGGCCUUGUUGGAGGAGCUGAGCAAGAAGGCCGAUGAGGCCGAGGACUUGCUGGAUGAGCUCCACUACUUCAAGAUCCAGGACCAGCUCGACGGCACCAACUAUGCGGCGCCGGAUCUCGGCGAUGGCCUCCGCGGCCAUGCUCGCCAUGGUCUCCAUGCUGUUCGCCACACCAUCGAUAACUGUUUUCCAUGCUUUUCUUGCCCUCGCACGCAAGAUGAUGGUUCUGCUCCUACUGCUGUUGCCAAUAGCCCACACCACUAUGCAACCAACUCUGCUACUGCUAGUGCUGAUGAUGGUGGCGAUGUCGAUAAGUUACAUUUCGACAGAGUGGCCAUGUCCAGCAAAACCAAGUCAGUGAUAGAGGAAAUACACUCCCUAUGUGACCCCGUCUCUGAUUUGCUCAGUAAAAUUCCAAGCAGCAGCACAGUUGUCACCCUAAAACGGCCUCACAUAGGGUCCACAAUUAUACAAGAUACACUGCACGGGAGGAGAGACAUUUUUGAGAAAAUUGUCGAUGAUAUCACAAGUGGCACACAUCACGGUCAAACUAUUUCUGUUCUUCCUAUAGUUGGCCCAGGGGGUAUUGGAAAGACAACUUUCACCCAACACCUGUAUAAUGAUGGUAGGACUGAAGAGCACUUUGCUGUUAUGGUUUGGGUGUGUGUAUCAACUGAUUUUGAUGUGUUGAAGCUCACCCAACAGAUCCUUAGCUGCAUACCUGCAACUGAAAAUGAAACUGCAGUUGAAACAACCAAUCUAGACCGGCUUCAGAAAUCCAUUGCACAGAGACUUAAGACCAAAAGGUUCUUAAUUGUCUUGGAUGAUAUAUGGAAAUGCAAUAGUGAGGACGAGUGGAAAACCCUGCUAGCCCCAUUCACAAAGGGGGAAGCCAAAGGCAGCAUGGUACUUGCCACAACUCGAUUCCCAAAACUAGCAAGAAUGAUGAAAACAGUUGAUCCAGUUGAACUGCAAGGCUUGGAGUCUAAUGACUUCUUCACAUUCUUUGAAUCAUGUAUAUUUGGUGAACAUAAGCCUAAGGAUUAUGAAGAUGAGUUAAUUGGUAUUGCAAGAGAAAUUGCAAGUAAGUUAAAGGGCUCCCCUCUAGCAGCCAAAACAGUUGGUCGACUAUUGAGGAAAAAUCUUUCCCGAGAACAUUGGAAUGGAGUUCUUCACAAUCAUGAGUGGCGAAACCAGAAAAAUGAUAACGAUAUUAUUCCAUCUUUGAAAAUUAGUUACGAUCACCUACCUUUCUAUCUACAAAAAUGCUUCUCAUAUUGUGCCCUCUUUCCUGAAGAUUAUAGGUUUGGCAAUUCAGAAAUUAAUCGUUUUGGGAUUGCAAUAGGCAUCAUAGACUCUAGCCACCCAAGCGAUAAGAAUUACAUGGAAGGUCUAGUGGAAAAUGGUUUUCUCAUGAAAGGGGUUUCUAAAUAUCCUCCUUUUUGUAAAUACUAUGUAAUGCAUGAUUUAAUGCAUGAGCUAUCCCGGAGUGUCUCUGCACAAGAAUGCCUCAAUAUAAGUGAUUUAGAUUUUAGAGCCGAGGCCAUCCCACAAUCUGUUCGGCACUUAUCCAUCACCAUAGAGAAUAGAUAUGAUGAAAAAUUUAGGGAAGAGAUGGGUAAACUAAAGGGGAGGAUAGACAUUGUAAAUCUACGGACACUGAUGAUUUUUAGACAAUAUGAAGAAUCAAUUGUUGAGAUCUUAAAAGAUACGUUUAAGGAAACAAAUGGCCUGCGCAUCCUAUUUAUAGCAGUGAAGUCCCUUGAAUCUCUGCCACAAAGCUUUUCGAAACUUAUCCACCUCCAGUUCCUCAAAAUUGGAUCACCCUAUGGUAGAGAAAUGACUUUACCUAGCACACUAUCCAGAUUUUAUCACUUGAAAUUCUUGGACCUAAGUAGUUGGUAUGGUAGUUCUAAUUUGCCCAAAGACAUUAGCCGCCUCGUGAAUUUAUAUGAUUUCAUUGCUAAGAAAGAACUCCACUCCAAUGUUCCUGAGGUUGGAAAGAUGAAGUAUCUGCGGGAGCUGAAAGAAUUCCAUGUGAAGAAAGAAAGUGUUGGGUUUGAUUUAAGAGAGUUGGGGGAAUUGAGAGAGCUUGGGGGAGCACUCAGUAUACAUAAUCUUGAAAACGUGGCAACCAAGGAAGAAGCUAGUAGCGCCAAAUUGGUGUUGAAAAGUGAUUUGAAAGAGUUGACAUUAGUUUGGGGCAGAGAGCAACCGACUGAUGUAGAUGCUGAUAUUCUUGAUUCUCUUCAACCACACUCUAACCUUACAGCACUUGGCAUUAUAAAUCAUGGUGGCACCACUUGUCCUGGUUGGCUGUAUCCUGAGAUAAGGGUAAACAAUUUAGAGACUCUCCAUUUACACGGCGUGUCUUGGGGAACUCUUCCACCUUUUGGGCUGCUACCAUUUCUCAGGGAACUCAGCUUGAAGAGCAUUUCUGGGCUGCGUCAGUUUGGUCCUGACUAUGGUGGUGUUACAGGCAAAUGUCUUUUGCAGUUGAAGAAAGUUGUGUUUCAUGACUUGUCAGAUCUUGUCAAGUGGGUUGUGGAACCUAAUUGUCAUAUGUUUCCAGGCCUUGAAAGCAUCGAUUGCAGCAAUUGUCCCAAUCUAUGCAUGAUGCCCUUCUCGGAGUGCUCUCGUACCAAUUUGUGCAGGCUUCACAUUGAUGGUUGCCCCAAGUUGUGUCUGCCCCCCAUGCCUCACACCUCCAGACUAACAGAUUUUGUUGUUAAAAAAGGUUCAGAAAGGUUGUCUUAUGAUGGAAAAAACUAG